AUGUAGCAAGAAUUAUAAUCUUAAUAAGAAGAUAAUAUAUUGGAAAUAAAUUAUAAAUUAAGCACACCUACAAAAGAAAAGAAAGAAAAUAAAACAAAUUAAUCGACAACAAUAUAAUCGCCAAAUAAUAAUAAUGAUUUUUAUUCUCCGAAAAAUAUAAAUCCUUGGAAAACUCCUAAGUCUAUGUUAAAAAACAAUUAAAAAUAAAUAAUUCCAGAAAUAGGUUUAUAAACAUCACCAUAUGGAGAUCGUUACAUUCCACUUAAUGUAUCUAGAAAUCUAUUUAAUAAACAAAUAUAACCAUUUGAAAUAGAAGAAGAGAAUGCAUAUGAAGAACUUUUAAGUGAAAAUGUAUUAGAAAUAGAUGAAAAUAAACAUGUUAGCAUAUUGAAUUUUAAUAAAUAAAAAUCAGAGAAAUUAUAACCAAAUAAAUAGUAAGAAAUACCAAAAAGAAAAAUAGAUACCUAACCUAUAAAAGUACUUGAUGCUCCAGGUUUAGAAGAUGAUUUUUAUUAAGAUACUUUGCAUUGGGGAAAAAACAAUGUAAUUGUUAUAGGUUUAUAAAGAUGUGUAUAUUUGUAUAAUGUUGAUACAUUAAAAGUAUUUAAAUUGACAGAACCAUUUAACAAUUAAAUAAAUCCUAUAUAUUAUACUUCUCUUUAAUGGAAUACAAAUGGAUAAAUUUUAGGAAUGGGAAGUUAUGAUGGAUAAUUAAAAUUAUGGGAUUACAAUAAGAAUACUUAUAUAGGAUGUAUAAAUUAAUCAACAAAAAGAAUAAGUACAAUAAAUUGGGCUAAUUCUAAUAUAUUUGCAUAUGGUAGUAAAGAUAAAACAAUAAAUAUAUGUGAUAUAAGAGUUGCAAAUUAUUAAGUGUUUGAAUUACACGGACAUACUUAAGAAGUAUGUGGAAUAACUUUUGAUGGAAAUGAAUUAUAAUUAGCAUCUGGAGGUAAUGAUAAUAAAGUUUUUAUUUGGUAAUUAAGAGGUGGAAAUACAAAUGCAGAUAAUUAAUAUAUAUCAUGGGAAAUUAAAUCUCAUAAAGCUGCAAUAAGAGCUUUAGCAUGGAAUCCUAAUUCUAGUGGAAUUUUAGCUACAGGAGGAGGAAAUUAAGAUAAAACUAUUAAAAUUCAUAGUUCUUUAACUAAUUAAUUAAUCACUAGUAUUAAUUGUGAUUCACAGGUUUGUAAAUUAAGAUUUUCUAAAAUUAUUAAUGAAUUCGUUUCAACUCAUGGAUAUGAAAAAAAUUAAAUUUGUUUGUGGCAAUAUCCAACUAUCAAAAAAAUUCAUUAAUUAGAAGGACAUUCUGAAAGAGUCCUAUAUUUGUCAGCUAGUCCUGGUAUUUUUUAUACUAAAGAUAUUUAUAGACGAAUCUACUAUUUUGACAGGAUCUGGAGAUGAAACAUUAAAAUUUUGGAAAAUUUAUCCAUCAUCAAUGCCCAAUAAUAUUUCUUCGUUUUUAACCAUGUGUGAAAUUAGAUGA